GUUGCAAGCCUUGGCUUUGUUUGAGCAGCCAGUGCACGUUCUGAAACAGCGACUGCGAAGCCGUUGUGGUCAGACACGCUACCGGCAGAGGCUCCUGUCCCAAGAUGGCCGGAUCCUCGGCGACACCGCCCAGCUACCCGCAGCCGGUGACUUGCAGCUCCUCAUCCUUCCCUUGGCGCCAGCUACGGAGACCAAAGCCGAUGAGCUUAUUGCUGCAGCAGCCAACGAUGCCACCAAUGAGGUUGAGGCACUCCUCCAGAUGCCCCAGGACCCGGACUUGCCGGAUGGCGAUGGCGACACGGCCUUGAACCUGGCAGCAGCCUUUGGUUGCAACGACAGCCUCGAGCUGCUGCUGGAGGCCCGUGCAGAUGCGAGCCAACGCAACGGCCACGGCCUGACACCCCUUGUCGCCGCAGCGGCGAAUGGACGUCUGGGCACAACACGGUUGCUCUUGGAGGCCGGUGCCUCACCAAACCCGGAGGACAAGGACUCGGAGACUCCCCUCUUUGCCGCUGCGCGCUCGGGGCACUGGGAGGUGGCAGAGCUCCUGCUCUCCCAAAGGGCAGAUUGCGAGCAUACCACGAAGUCCGGCAUGACGGCCCUGGGACUGGCGGCACUGGGUGGCCACAGUGAUGUGGCUCGUUUGUUACUUGAGGCACGGGUGGAGAUUGACCGGGUGAACGCUGCGGGCGAGACUCCUUUGUUAAUUGCUUCGCGCGACGGGCAAGGUGAUGUCGCAUGCUUGUUGCUGAAGGCAGGUGCAGACGCAGAUAAAGAGACGCGGGGAGGCCAAUUUCCCCUCCUAGCCGCCUGUGAAGGUGGCCACCUCGAUGUAGUCCGCCUCCUGCUGGAAGCGAAAUCGAUGGUUGACAGGACUGGGCCGGACCUUCAAACACCUCUCAUGGUCGCUUCCCGGUGUGGCUACACCGAGGUGGUAUGCCUUCUUCUGGAGAAGAGGGCGAUGGAGAGUCUGCAUACCUGGCAGCAUGUGUGUAGUUCUCUAAGUUAG